AUGUUAUUACAUGAUAGUUUUUUAUUUACAUCAAAUCAAUCAUUAAAUGAAACACAUUAUAGUCCAGUUACACGAGCCUAUUCACCACUUUUUCGUUCAACAUUAACAUUAAUUAUAAGUAUAUAUGGUACAUGUUCAAAUUUGAUUUGUAUUUUAUAUCUUUAUUAUAUUAUUUCAAAAUAUAAACAACCAAAAUUAAUAGGAAGUAGACGUGAACAUUCAAAAUUAGUACAUAUAUUAUCACAUGAAAAAUAUAAAUUUUUAAUUGUAUUAACAAUUAAUGAUUUUUUCUUAUGUUUAUCAUCAAUAAUAAGUUGUUUGGAUGAAAAAUAUUUUUUUCAAUCAUUAAUUGCACGUUUUCGUUUAUGUUCAUUACAUAUGUCAAUAUGGAAAUUAACACUUCAUUUUAGUCCUUUAUUAACAAUAUUUAUUUUAUUUCGUUAUCAUUAUAUAUUAUAUAAAAGAUUUCCUUCAAAAUAUUUUAAUACAACAACAUUAAAUCAAUUAUUUUGUACGAAUUUAUGUACAUUAAUACCAUUUGUUAUAGCAUUUGCAUGGUCUGUUGAUGGUUUAUGGUUAUGGGGUGAAACGAAUUUGAACACUUCUAUUGAACCUAUUAUGUAUGAACGAAAUCGAACAAAUGAAACAUUAUUUAAUAUAACAAAAUUAAAUAAUAAAACAGAAAAUUAUUUUCCCGAACUAUAUAUACCUGAACAGAAUAUCGUAUGUCAUUUACAAACUAAUGAUGAUUUAAAUUUAACUACUCGUAUUGUAUAUUUAAUUCAUGCUGAUUUUUCACUUCUUUUAUCAUUACAUCUUAUUGCUUUUUGUCUUGAAAUAAUCUUACAUAUUCGUUUAAACUGUUGUAUAAUUAGAAGAACAAUUACAUCAUCAUUUUUACGUGAACAACGAGUAUCGAUUUAUAUAUUAUAUAUAUUUAUUUGUUUAACAUUAACAUCACUUCCGUUUUAUUUAUAUCGUACAAUUGAAAAUUUCUUCUAUGUAGAUAUACCAUCACUUACACAUGAUAUAAUUAACGGUCUUGGACUUGCUCAAAUUAUUUUAUUGGGUAUAAGUUUUAAACCAGUAUUAUAUUUUAUUUUAUUUGUUCCAUCAAGAAUUUUAUUUAAAUUUAAACGUUACCUAACAAAUCAACUUGACACAAAUAAUAUAACAGAUAUUUUAUUAAUUCAAGAACAAAAACAUCGUACACAACAAACUGAAUCUCCUCGUUAUUCAUUGCAAUUACCUUCGUUUUACUCCAGAAUACAUAAAAAAUUUCGACCAUUAUCAAAUUCAAUUACAACACAUGAUUAUCGUUCAGUUAUCAUUGAUCAAAAUACAACCAUGUCCACUAAUGUACUUAUAUAG